GAGGAAAUUUCUCAAAAAGAUUACACAAGGGCAAACGAAUGGCUGCUGGUAAUGAAAAAAGAAGAUUCCAUGGAACUAAGAUUCAAUGUUCUUUGGGAUUAAAUGGUAAUACUGAAAUUUGUCCCUCACCAACUUGUGCCGUUUGUAGAAUUAUUGAAACAUCAUUUAUACUACCGGCACAUUCAAAUAAGGCUCAUUUCCUUCGUUUUGGACCUGGAAUUUAUUUUUCAAGUGUUUCCUCUAAAAGUAAUGAUUACUCAACCCCAAUAAAUGGAAAUAAAUACAUGUUUUUGGCCAAUGUUCUAGUAGGUGAAGGUGAAAAAUAUCUCAACGAUAAUCAAAAUAUAACUUCACCAAAUCCAGGCUUCGACUCUGUACUAGGUGAAACAGGAUUAGCCCUCAAUCAUGACGAAGUAAUUGUUUAUAAUAUUGAUCAAGCAAAACCAUCUUAUUUAAUAAUUUACAGUUAAUCAAUAUUUAUAUAAAAAUAAAUAAAUAAAAAUAUUUUUAGGCUAAUGAAUAUAACCAU